CAAGUGAACCAAGCAGAACGAGGUGAACAAUAAACGAUCGAUGAAGUGUUGUUUUUCCAGCCUUUUCAAUGUUUUUAUAUAAUUUUACGAUUGAUAUUGUUAAUGCAUAAAAGAAUCCAGUUUAUUGUGAGUUGAGCCUCGAUACCGAGAGAUAAAAAACUUUCGACAUCAAUUAAAUCAACAUGGCACAUUACAAAGGAGCAGCCAGUGAGGCUGGACGAGCCAUGCAACUAAUGAAGAAACGUGAGAUCGCUCAACAGGAAAUUGAAUAUCGAAAGAAGAAGAUUGAAGAUGAUCUCAAAAUUCACAAUAUUGAAAACAAAUUUGCGACACAUUACAAUGCAGUCGAACAGCAACUCAAAUCCUCGACCAUUGGUCUUGUCACUCUCAAUGAAAUGAAAGCCAAGCAAGAAAAUAUUGUUAAAGAACGAGAAAGAAAACUCGCUCAAAAGGAACUUGAAAAAGAAAAGGAGAAGGAAAAAGCUUUGAAAGCCAAACAAGAAGAAAAAAAUAAUCAAAAGAAACAAAUCAAGGCUUUGUCUUUCAAUCUUGAUGACGAUGCUGAUGAGGAUGGUGAUGGUGAUGAGGAUAUCGAACUAGAGCCGAAAGUAAAGAAAAUUAAGAAAAAUCCAGAUGUUGAUACCAGCUUUUUGCCUGACAGGGAAAGAGAGGAAGAAGAAAAAAGAUUGAGGGAAGAACUUAGACAGGAGUGGGCCAGGAAACAACAAGCACUCAAAGAAGAAGAGAUUGAGAUUGUGUUCAGUUACUGGGACGGUUCUGGACACAGGCGUAGUGUAACAAUGAAAAAAGGAAAUUCAAUAUAUCAGCUUUUGCAAAGAUGUUUAGAAGUUCUCAGGAGAGAAUUUAGCGAGUUGAAAACCGUUAUGGCUGAUCAACUGAUGUAUGUGAAAGAAGAUUUGAUUCUUCCACAUCAUUAUACAUUCUACGAUUUUAUAGUGACGAAAGCAAGGGGGAAAAGUGGACCUCUAUUCACUUUCGACGUUCACGACGAUGUUCGUGUGAUGCAUGAUGCUUCCAUCGAAACGGAAGAAUCGCAUGCUGGAAAAGUUUUGCUUAGAUCUUGGUAUGAGAGAAAUAAGCACAUUUUCCCUGCGAGUAGAUGGGAACCUUUCGACCCAACUAAGAGCUACGACAAGUAUACCGUUUCUGACAAGAAAAAGAAAGACAAGCUUUAAUAAUGGGUAGUUUUAUAGUUAAAAUUAACAUAAUUAUAAGUAAUAGUAUAGCGCUAGUCAUUUUAAGCUUUGAGUAACAGAGGAUCUCACAAAAAAUGUAUAGAAAAGUACUUUCUUUUGGAGAAAAGUUGUAACAAGAUUCCAAUCCCUUCUAUAACAAAAUGUAAAAAGUUUGAAAAACUCGUAAUUUUAAGUGAAUAAAUAUUUUACCAUUUUUCC